GCGGGCUCUCUCAAGUAGUCGACUGUGCGGUAUAAACAUCAAGUUUUCUACUCGUCUUUACACACCACUGUUAGCCGUCGAGGAAUUAACAACGUGCUGUGUCAGUACUUUUCGUGAAUUGAAACGUCGAACGUGUCACCGCACAUCAUCGUAAGACAGCCCACAGAAGGUUACGUUUACCAACUUUGACAAGAAGUAGAAAAAUGGUCAUCGACAAAGAUAUUGAUUUGGAGGCUGGAGCAGCGGCACUCAAAGCAUGGCUGAUAACACAACCUCAUCUUCCGCAGAAUAUUCAUCCCCUUUUACUGAAACGAUAUGUCCACUCAACAAAGGGCGACCUGGAGUAUGCCAAAAAGAUUUUCGUUCAUGGAUAUACAAUACGCCACAAUAACCCACACAUUUUUGGAAAUCGUGAUCCACUUGAGCCGAAAGUACAAAAUGUUCUCAAGGCAAUCGACAUGGUGCCUUUGCCUGCGGUUGAGACAAGCGAAGACAAGUUUGUGUUUUUCCGUUUAGUUGAUUGCGAUCCAGAAAAGUUCCAUUUCAACGACGUGAUACGGACAUUUUUUAUAAUCGCUGACAGUCGCAUGGUUCAGCCGGAUAUUCCGAUGAAUGACGGAGGUGAUAUUCCAAUUUUCGAUAUGAAUGGCUUCACGUUGCGACACCUGACCAAGGUCGUCUUAUCGACAUUAGUUUACAUGAAAUACGCCCAGGAAGCGCAUCCAGUCAGGCUAAAGGCAAUACACGUGAUCAAUUGCACCCCGUUUUUAGACAAAGUGAUGUACGUGGUGAAACCGUUCAUGAAGAAGAAAGUUGCAGAAAUGCUUCAUUUUCACUUGCCCAACUCGGAAGCACUUUACGAGCACGUGCCACGUGAGGUUAUCUUUCAAAAUUUUGACGAAAUUGCCAAGCAGAAGGCCGAUUGGUUCAAACGUCUUGAAUCGCUGAGAGAAUACUUCACCGAUGAUACCAGAUGGAAGAUCGAUGAAACUCGACGAACGAAUUAUCACAAAUCACAAGGAACCGUUGAACUUAGUGGCUCGUUACGAAAACUGGAAAUUGACUAGCGGCAUCGAUUUGCGAUUAGGCGGUUUGGUGAACGGUUAAUGACAGGCUUUGCGCACAUUAGUUUAAGAUACUUGCUAGCGGUGCUGUGUACAAAAAGAUGCUUCAAACGUUUGUAUAACGGGGUGAUUUUGAUGACAGUACGCACCUUUGGAGUUAAAAUAAACAUGUUUGUUUUUAA